AUGUCGUCAUCGAACAAAUCCACAACUUACUCUGAUCGAUCAUUUUCAUCAUCACAAAAUUUAAUUUCUCUCUUUCUUUCAACAUUUUCCUUGUCGGAAUUACAAUCUUUAUUUGAGUAUACAAAAAGUGAAGUAAAUUCCUUGGUGAAACACGUAAAGGAAAAUCAUUCAACAAUUUUACAAAAAGGACUUUCUCAUGAACAUGUUCGAUUUGUGUGUGUACUGUUGCUGACUUUGUUGAGUGUGUUGUGUAUAGUCACUCCAGGAAUUUUAAGUUUGUUUUUGACCUUAAAUUUUGGAUCAUUCAUAUUUAGUGAUGGCUCCGAUGAGGCUUCCAUCAAUUAUGCCACUCAAUGUCAACGUGUUUCACAAGAGUUUAUUCGGUUGAUUGGAGUUUUGACAUUUCCAUUUAUUGUGCUAAAUUUUCUUUCAAAUCGUUGGAACGAGAAAGUGAGAAAAGAUUUCUCCAUGGUGAUGAUGGCGUUGACAGGAGGAAUUGCCUUGAUCAUGCUCUUGUCUCUCGUAGUUUCUGGAGCCAUUUCGAAAAUUUCGUUGCUGAUUGGAUUUGCAUUGACAAGUGUGUUGUGUUAUUUGAAUUUUAAAUUAUUGUAA